AUGUACAAUAUCCUUAUGCUGAUUCUGCUUGAUGACGUGGGCAACUCAACCCCCUCGCACGAUCCUUCCAUCCACCCAACGGACAUGUUUCUACAGUACAAUACUCUACAGAGUUGGAACCCAAUCAACCCUACACUGCAUUACCGGUACAGCCGCCUGCAUGCAUCCCAUCCCAUCCCAGUCCAUCACACAAAGUAG